AGUUUUUUUUUUCUGAUUUAGGUAUUUCUAGCCCUUGGUAUCUGAAAAGUAUUAUUUGCCAAGGGGAGUGAGCCAUUCAAAGGAAAACUUGGAAGUUGGACAUGUGGUGCUUGCAUUGAUAUAGGGCUGAGUGUUUCAUAUGCAUUUUGGGACUGAUAUCAAUUGAGAGAAAUUUCCCAAGUGAUUCAAAUAUGGCAUGUGUCACACUGGGCCUAAAGCGUUCACUGGAAUUUGAUCCAGUCCAUAGCCCACCUGGGCUCUCUCCAGCACCAAAGCGAAGGAGAUGUACACCUGGUCAUGUGCCUACCUCAGCACCUUCAUCCUCUUCAUCAUCCAAUCAGGAAGAAUCCAACGCUUCAUCUUCUUCCCACUUUGGGGAAAUCCUGCCUAAAUUGACGCCGGAUAUGAUUGCUUCAAACCUUCGAGAUGAAAUCAGGAGGCUCAGCCGACGGGGUCAGCUAUCAGCAGGAGAGCAAAUGGAUAUGGGUUCCUCACCUCCUCAUCAUGGCAGUGGAAGUGGAAGCAAUAGCCCUACCCAUAUGGGCUAUGACUCCCCUUCUCCCCCACUUUCACCAUCAUCUUCUGCUGCCAUAGUGGCUGCUCUCCAUCAACCUUACUACUCCAUGGCCUUAUCUCCUGGAUCCAAGGAUAAGCCUCUGUUCACCUUGCGACAAGUGGGGAUGAUUUGUGAGCGACUGUUGAAGGAGCGAGAGAUCCAGAUCAGACAAGAGUAUGAUCGUGUCCUGAGUGCCAAACUGGCUGAGCAGUAUGAAGCUUUUGUUCAUUUCUCAUCUGAUCAGCUUCAUCGCCGAUUCCAGUCUUCAGCACCUCCUAGUUAUCUUUCCUAAUUGGGAGGUGUCUAAUGGGAAAAUUCCCAGUCAUCAUGGGACUCCACAUCCACAUCAUGGAAUCAAGCAUCUAACUUUCUUGGACUCGCUGAGUUAUCCAUCUUCACUUUUUCUUAUGCCAAGACAAGAUCCUCAAAACAUGUGAUGCUUUGUUUUUCCCGAAAUGCAAUUUCCCUUUCAUGAAUGAUUGGAGUUCAUGUGAUAAAAGACUCUUGGACUCUUCUCAACUCCUGUUGGUGGCCUCAAGGCUCAUCUAAUCACUUCCUUGUCUAUGUGCCUUUCCUUGCUAUGCCAUUCUUGUACAGGCCAAGUUCUUUGGGUGUUCAUGUGUACGUUUUGUCAGGAUGAGUGAGUCAGGGAAUCAAGAUGAAUCGAACUAGUGACCUCAAGCCCACAAGUCCCUUUAUGCCCUCAGUGAUACAUGUAUAUAGACACCAGGGCUGGCCCAAGCAUUUGCUUUGUAAUAUCUGGCCUGCAGUCCAGCUGUCUGUGUAGAAGCUUCAAGAGGUUCAUAUCACCCUGAAACAUUGAAUAAAGUAUUGCCAUGCUGAGUUGUA